AUGGCUUCCUCGCAAGCCCUCGAGGCGCUCGGCCACGCCAUCUCCGGCUCCUUUGGCACCGCCACGUCGACGGCCGUCCUCGCGCCGCUCGACCUCGUCACGACGCGCCUCAAGGUGCAGCGGCAGCUCGAGGACCAGGCGCAGUACGCGGGCGUGCUCGAUGCCUUCCGCAGCAUCGUGCGCGACGAGGGCGCCGCCACCUUUUACAGCGGCCUGGGCGCCGACGUCGCCAAGUCCAUCAUCGACAGCUUCCUCUUCUUUGGCUUCUACAACUUCCUGCGGCAGCGCAGCGGCAAGGCGCCCGGCGUGCUGCAGGAGGUGGCGUUUGGGAUGCUCGCGGGCGCGGCGUCCAAGGCCUGCACGGCGCCGCUGUCCAACGUCGUCGCGCGGCGCCAGAUGACGCCCGCCGAGGAGGAGACGCGGUCCGUGGCGCAGACGCUGCGCGACAUGCGCAGCGAGGGAGGCGUCGGGGCGCUCUGGGCCGGCUACUCGGCGACGCUGGUGCUGACGCUGAACCCGAGCAUCACGAUGCUGCUCAACAGGCGGCUCGCGGAGCGCGUGAUCCCGAUGCUCGAGGAGGAGAUGGACGUGCCGGUCGCGUGGGUCGCGUUCCUGCUCGCCGCGCUGAGCAAGUCGGCCGCCACGGCGCUGACGUAUCCCUUCCAGACGGCCAAGACGAUGCUGCAGAUGCCGAAUGCGGGCUCGGACGAGGAGGAUGGCGAGGGUGAGGAGGAGGAGAAGAGGAAGCGGAGGGCGAAGCGGAGGACGCUGUGGAAGAGGCUGGCGGCCGCGCUCGACAGGACGAUAUUCGGCAUGAUACUGAGGCUGAUCAGGACCGAGGGGCUCAGGGCGCUGUACGAUGGCAUGGAGGGCGAGCUGCUCAAGGGCUUCUUUAGUCACGGGCUGACGAUGCUGGCCAAGGGCUUCUUCCAUCGGCUCGUCAUUCGCGUGUGGCUCAUGUCGCAUGCGCGUCGUCCGCUCAAGACGUCGGGUUAA